ACGGUUAACCGCGGCUCGUGCCGGCUUCGCGUUCCUCAGUCGCGCGCUAUCGAUGCUCGAUCGCGAACCGAUACUUCGCUGUCCGCGACCGAGUGCACGUCGCCUGGAACACGAACAGCAACGAUGAUCGCCGUCGCGGAACUUCGGAAAGGAAGCUUCAUCUUUCUUCUCGCCGCUGUCCUCUCGAUCUUCCGGACAGCCGCUGCUCAACUCAACGAUCCGCCGAUCCCGUGCAAAAGCACGCAGGACUGCGUCUCCGUGUCAGCUGCGCUGAAGGACGCGUCCUGCCAAAACGGAUUCUGCGCGUGCAGCAAUGGGGCGGUAGUUAGAAACUGUUCCAGCAUAGCUCUGAUACGGACGAGCAACAGAAACGCAGGAUCGCCAGGCUUUCACAGUUGCAAGGUCCCUCAGGAUUGCAUAUUCAACAACUCUUUUUGCAACACGACUGUGAGUCGAUGCGAGUGCCAGAGAGAUUAUGUUUGGUCAGACAAUAAGAAACUCUGUCUGAAAAAGGCCGAAGCAAUGGAGUACCCGUGCGUCGACGACAAGCAAUGCCUGGCAUUCCUACCGAAUACCACGUGCAAAAACGAGCGAUGCAGCUGCAUCGAUGGUUCCCAUUUCGCGGUGAACGCCUGCUACAAAACGAUCGCAUUAGGCGAUCCCUGCACGCGAUCCGAGGAAUGCGCCAACGUGGCCGGCGCCAUUUGCACCGACAGAGAGGUCUGCGACUGUUCCGCGGGAACUGUGAUCAACUCCGCCGGAAGUACCUGUCUGCCGGUUGCUAAAGAGUUCUUGGCUGAGUGCGAGGAGGACAAUCAGUGUAUCGAAACGUUCUCCCAGAACGCUGCCUGCGUCGAUCAGGUGUGCAGGUGUCGGGAUCGGUAUCAUUUCGAACCCGAAAUGAACAGAUGCUUCGUGAAUACAGAGCUAGACGGCACCUGCGGCAACUCGUACGAGUGUUAUCAGGCCAGCGAAGCGAACCGCACGUCGAAAGGGGUGCAAUGCGUCAAGAACGUGUGCGUCUGCGCGAAAGAUUUUUAUCGCGAGGAUGAUGCGUGCAUCGCUAACGAAGGUUCGCGCCGGCUGGGAUCCCUUCUUCUCGCCGUUCCGCUCGCGGCCUUCGCGCUUUUCCACGGAAUCUAGGCCCCGCCGCACCUCGACGGAUCCGCGCGACGCACGUCGCCUUUACCCGCGAUUCAGCGCGGAAAGAAAAAGAGGUCUCUCUCGAGGACGGCGUCGGAUGUCGCCGGCUACGCGGCCACCGCGACGAGAAAACGCGUCGGGCGCAUCGAAGCGUGCAGAGAACUUCCUCCGCAGGAGAGAAACGCUCCGCGGGCGCCAUCGCGCGACAUAUUCCACCGUGAUCGCGAAUAACGCGUUCAAAUGCCAAAGAAUCGAAUCUCGCGAUCGACCAAACGAUCUUUCCCUUGUUAACAUUCGUCGAUUCUCUUUCGGAAGAUUUUCUCUAUGAAACAGGAACUUCCUCUACAAAUUUAUCCACGCGAGGCAGAGUUUGAACAUUUACAAACAGUGCUUUUACUUUUCCAAAUAUGUAUCGGAAUUCGUUGAUUCGUACAAUUUCGUACGAUUCGUUUCUUUUAUGGUCACUGGAUAUUCAACAUUCGUACGAAGCCACAACAGAGUUUGUUUUUUAGAAAGCUCAAGACUCAAUGAUUCGUAUAUGCAAAGCUAUGUGAAUUUUUCCUUUCAAAGUAUUCGUGCGGUCGUCCUGAAUAUAGGACAGAGUUUGAACGUUUCAGUGCAAACAACGCUUUUCCUUUUCAAAUAUGUAUCCAAAUUCGUUGAUUCGUACAGUUCCGUACGAUUCCUCUUCUUUUAUGAAGCUCACCGGAGAUUCAAGAUUCGUACGAAGCCGUAAGAGUUUCUUUCGAUGAUUCGUAUAUGCGAAGCUACGUGUAUUUUUCCUUUCAAAGUAUUCGCGCGUUCGUCCGACGAAUGUAGAAUAGAGUUUGAACGUUGGAACAGCUUCAGCGGUCGCGUGGAAGGGUUAAUCACCGUCUAGCGCGACAGGAGAACGAUCACGCGAGAAAUCCAUGGAAACCGGAAACACUUUCGCGACGAACGUCCAGCCCACCGACGCGACGCAGCGAGGUGCCAAAGGUAUCCGGCGUUAUCGAUACAUCGCGCCCCACUUCCACGUUACACACCGGCGGAAAUGUUGUUCCGCGAACGCGGAUAUUGCGAACAGUAUUCCCCUCGAUCGCGAACGCGAAUCCAAUCGAAGGGAUACGAACGUUACUUGUUCAUUUCGUUUUACGAUCGCGGCGUUCCCUCCAGCAGGGAAUCGAUAUCAGUUUCGUUUUAGCUAGGAGAACGUUCUUCGGAACAGUUUUUAGAGCAUGAUAGAGUAUCGUAGUUUCUUUUGUACCCGUUUCACUUCGUUCCGAACGAACCUUAAGACAAGUCUUCCUAUUUUUUAUAAGAACAGCGUCAAUAAAGAUCGGAUUGCUGGCA